AGAGAGCCGGGCCAGCUAGAGCAACAAAGGAGCCCGGUAGUCGGCAGGGAGAGCUCAGGGGGCUGCGGCGCGCUCGCACGGAGGUGGCUGCUGGGCCGCGGGCUGGCGUGGGGGCGGAGCCGGGGAUCGACUCCCGCACCCCUCGGCCGGCGCCUGGCCUCCAUCGAGGGGCUGGGAGUUGGUUUUAAUGGUGGGAGAGGGAAUGGGGCUGGAGAUCGGAGCCCCAGGGGGCUCCCAGGGCUGAAGACAACUCCGACCGCCAGGCGAGGGAGUCCGGAGUCCGUGCAUCCUGGCCCGGGCCUGCGCUGCCCAACAUGGGGCCCGGGUUCCAAAGUUUGCAAAGUUGGGAGCCGAGGGGCCCGGACGCGCGCUGCGCCUGGCGAAAGCCGGCCCCAGACUCACGGGACGCACCGGUCGCCUAAGUAGCCUCCGCGGCCCCCGGGGUCGUGUGUUUGGCCAAGGGACUCCGGGGAGCGCGGGGGCGCCUCGGCUUCUGCUGAGUUGGCGGGUUUGGCCAUGGCUGCUGCCCGCCCCGCGCGUGGGCCCGAGUUGGCGUCCCCGAGGCUGCUGCAGUUGCUGCUGGUGGUACUGCUGGGGGGCCCAGGCCGGGGGGCGGCCUUGAGCGGGAACGCGACCGGGCCUGGGCCUCGCAGCGCCGGCGGGAGCGGGAGGAGGAACGCGCCGGUGACCAGCCCUCCGCCGCCGUUGCUGAGCCACUGUGGCCGGGCCGCCCACUGCGAGCCUCUGCGCUACAACGUGUGCCUGGGCUCGGCGCUGCCCUACGGAGCCACCUCUACUCUGCUGGCUGGGGACUCGGACUCCCAGGAGGAAGCGCACGGCAAGCUCGUGCUCUGGUCCGGCCUCCGGAAUGCCCCCCGCUGCUGGGCAGUGAUCCAGCCCCUGCUGUGUGCUGUCUAUAUGCCUAAGUGUGAGAAUGACCGAGUGGAGCUACCCAGCCGCACCCUCUGCCAGGCCACCCGAGGCCCCUGUGCCAUUGUGGAGCGGGAGCGAGGGUGGCCGGACUUCCUGCGUUGCACCCCGGACCACUUCCCUGAAGGCUGCCCAAACGAGGUACAGAACAUCAAGUUCAACAGCUCAGGCCAAUGUGAAGCACCGCUGGUGCGGACAGACAACCCCAAGAGCUGGUAUGAGGACGUGGAGGGCUGCGGGAUCCAGUGCCAGAACCCGCUCUUCACUGAGGCUGAACACCAGGACAUGCACAGCUACAUCGCAGCCUUCGGGGCGGUCACCGGCCUCUGCACACUCUUCACACUGGCCACCUUUGUGGCUGACUGGCGGAACUCCAAUCGCUACCCUGCGGUUAUUCUCUUCUAUGUCAAUGCAUGUUUCUUCGUGGGCAGCAUUGGUUGGCUGGCCCAGUUCAUGGAUGGUGCCCGCCGGGAGAUUGUUUGCCGAGCAGACGGCACCAUGAGAUUUGGGGAGCCCACCUCCAGCGAGACUCUGUCCUGCGUCAUCAUCUUUGUCAUCGUGUACUAUGCCUUGAUGGCUGGAGUGGUCUGGUUCGUGGUCCUCACCUACGCCUGGCACACCUCCUUCAAAGCCUUGGGCACCACCUACCAGCCUCUCUCGGGCAAGACCUCCUACUUCCACCUGCUCACAUGGUCACUGCCGUUUGUCCUCACUGUGGCAAUCCUCGCUGUGGCCCAGGUGGAUGGAGACUCUGUGAGCGGUAUCUGUUUUGUGGGCUACAAGAACUACCGGUACCGUGCUGGCUUUGUCCUGGCCCCAAUUGGCCUGGUGCUUAUUGUGGGCGGCUACUUCCUCAUCCGAGGUGUCAUGACUCUGUUCUCCAUCAAGAGCAACCAUCCUGGGCUUCUGAGUGAGAAGGCCGCCAGCAAGAUCAAUGAGACCAUGCUGCGCCUGGGCAUCUUUGGCUUCCUGGCUUUUGGCUUUGUGCUCAUCACCUUCAGCUGCCACUUCUAUGACUUCUUCAAUCAGGCUGAGUGGGAGCGCAGCUUCCGGGACUAUGUGCUGUGCCAGGCCAAUGUUACCAUUGGGUUGCCUACUAAGAAGCCCAUUCCGGACUGUGAGAUCAAGAAUCGGCCCAGUCUCCUGGUGGAGAAGAUCAAUCUAUUCGCCAUGUUUGGUACUGGUAUUGCCAUGAGCACCUGGGUCUGGACCAAGGCAACACUGCUCAUCUGGAGGCGCACCUGGUGCAGGUUGACUGGGCAGAGUGACGACGAGCCCAAAAGGAUCAAGAAGAGCAGGAUGAUUGCCAAGGCCUUCUCUAAGCGGCGUGAACUGCUGCAGAACCCGGGCCAGGAGCUCUCCUUCAGCAUGCACACUGUCUCCCAUGACGGACCUGUGGCGGGUUUGGCUUUUGACCUCAAUGAACCUUCAGCUGAUGUCUCCUCUGCCUGGGCCCAGCAUGUCACCAAAAUGGUGGCUCGGAGAGGAGCCAUACUGCCUCAGGAUGUGUCCGUCACCCCUGUGGCAACUCCAGUGCCACCGGAGGAACAAGCCAACCUGUGGCUGGUUGAGGCAGAGAUCUCCCCAGAGCUAGAGAAGCGCUUGGGCCGGAAGAAGAAGCGGAGGAAGAGGAAGAAGGAGGUGUGCCCACUGGGGCCAGCCCCUGAGCUUCACCACCCUGCCCCUGCUGCCCCCACCAGUGCAGUUCCGCGGCUUCCUCAGCUGCCCCGGCAGAAGUGCCUGGUAGCUGCGAAUGCCUGGGGACCAGGGGAGUCCUGUCGGCAGGGAGCCUGGACUCUAGUCUCCAACCCCUUCUGUCCAGAGCCUAGUCCCCAUCAAGACCCAUUUCUCCCUGGUGCCUCAGCCCCCAGAGUCUGGGCUCAGGGCCGCCUCCAGGGGCUGGGAUCCAUUCAUUCCCGCACUAACCUAAUGGAGGCCGAGCUCCUGGAUGCAGACUCGGACUUCUGAGCCUGCAGGGCAGGUCCUGGGACAGGAAAGAUGAAUGCAUACUUUUCUGUGGCUCUUCUUUCUGAGAGCACACCUCUGGGGUCUUAUCCGACAGAGUCUGUGGGCCUAGUGCCUGCUAGAAGAGUUCUAUAUGUCUGGCUCAAAGCACUGGACUGUGGGAACAAGCUGAUUAUAGCCAUUGACAGGUCUCAUGUCAGGAGCAGGACCCCCUUGUCUCUACUCCACCAACUAGAGUCUGGAUGACAAUGUCAGUCUCCAGCAGAGCUUGUACUAAGGCAGGAGUGGCAGAGGCAGGGGUGACAUUACCCAGAGUGGGCUGUGGUGGCCAAUGAGGCAACCAAGCCCGUGUCUGGCAGAUGAGGGCUGGCUGCCCUUUUCUGUGCCAAUGAGUGCCCCUUUCUGGCACUCUCAGACCCAAAGUGUUUGUGUGUCAUUUGUCCUUUGUCUAAGUGGGGACAGGACUCUCUUCUUCCUCUUCUGGGUAGGUGUGAUGACCAUUCUCAUAAGGACUAUAACUGCUCUCAACAGGUGGCCCUACCCCAAACAUAUCCUCUGUUUUCCUGUACCCUCCCCCACAUUUACAUCUCAUUCCACCAGACCAACCUCUUCCUGCUUAGCACCCUAAAACUGCAGCAAACACACACACACACACACACACACACACACACACACACACACACACACAACCUUACUACUGAGCUCAGUCUCCAGGUGAGAGACUGGUUCCGCUCCAGGCCUCUAAGAGACGUUAUUUCUUCCGCAAGUUCAUCCAUGGGGAUGGACCCUCUUAAGGGGCUACGUUGGGAAGCUUCUGUAGCUUGAGCUAGGCAAGAAAGUUUCUUCCGACUUCUGUAUCUGCUGGGAGGGGGGACUCCCCACUUUUUUACAAUGUCUAGUCAUGUUCAUAGUGCCCCACUUUCAAGAACCAGACAGCAGGAUGCCUUAGAAGCUGGCUGGGCUCCAGGUCGGGGAAUCGGUAUGAGAAGAAGAAGAAAUAUAAACAGUAAAUACAAUGUUUUUGUAUAAGCUCACGUGUGUUUCUUUGCCCCAGGCCCAGCUGUGGCCUAUGUUCCUGGUCCAGAUCUUCCGUGAGUUCCUGAGGCUCUUAACCAGAGUGGAAAGCUUGGGGUUGAUGAGGUUAUGACUGCAGUCAGAUGUUGGGCUGAUUCGGCUUACUGUGCUUGCUGCUCUUUCCAGCUAUUUGGCUGUAGAUGGACAAAAGAUCCUUUGUGGCCACAGCUGCAUCCCUGAGUACCGAACAAGAGAGUCAAGGACAGACAUGCAGCAGGCCCUUGGAGUGGCCACAGGAAGUGUUUCUCUGGUGGUGUAUGGAUGGGCACAGUUCCUGCCAAUUCCAGGUUCUGUCAUUGCAGUGGUGGCAUGCUCUGCCUCCUAGCAGAGGUGUUAGAUUGGUACAUUCUGAUUCACAGCUUGCUUUCUGGGCAGUCAAAGGGAUUUAAAGUCAAGGGAAGCUUAUUUGUUUUGCUUUAAAAUAGCAGCAGGAGAUUAGGAGCACGAUUCAGGUGGCUCUAGAUCUUAUAGUAGGGAGGUCUGGAGGAAAGGCAGAGAGACCCAUAGACCUAAGGGAUAUCGUGGAGUGCUGAGCUGGCUUAUUUAAGGAGUAUCCCCUUAUUCAGCCACAUGUGUGAUGGGGGCACCAGGAUUUUGACUGGAGGCAGAUAGAUUCCAGGGAGAGGAGAAAGGGCAGGUUGAUUUUAUCCUAGGUACCUUGUAGAUACGUACCUGAGUUUGAUACAUAGAACCCAUGUAAAAAUGCUAGGCAGGGUUGGCGAGAUGACUCGACAGGUAAUGGCUUGCUGCCAACCGUGACAACUCACAAGGUGGUGCAUGUGUACACACACACACACACAAAUGUUUAUUAUGUUUAUACCACUGACACCUAACGCUGAGUGUUGGUUAGACACUUCUGAGCCCUCCGGAUUCAGCUCACAGAACGUCACAGCCCUGCAAGGUUCUGUUAUACCCCUCACUGAGGCACAAAAGGCUUAGUGGGCUGCUCCAAACCAUUCAGCUACUGGUCAUGCUGGCCUUCAGGCAGAGCCUGGUUUCUAUGUGACAGGGAUCCAACCGGGUGUUCUUCCCAUGGAAGGAGCUCAGCAAAGCAAUGCAAAGUGACUUGCACACAACCUCACAGCCAGAAAGGCACAGACACUGGCCCAGUAUUUCUAAUUCUGAAUCCUGGCCCUUCUGGCUCAGUGGAAAUUCAUUCCCAGAUCCCCUGUCUAGUGUUUCCUCAGCUCUCAGCCCCCCAUCCUUUGCACUUUACAUGUCAUGUUCAUUCAUUACAGCUCUGUACAGAAAUGUGGCUUAAAAAGAAGUCAUUGACAGCAUUAAAAACAGUAACACUUUUCAA